GGCCCCACGUUUAGGUCCAAGGUGUUGCAGCCGAUCGCUUACGUCCGGCCCGAUCUUCGCCACUUCCACAUUCCUUGACUUUGGCACGAAGCUUUCCUUUUCCACCCCGCGAUUUCCCCCACUCCGUCGUCUCGAAUUCUCGAGAGCGGUAGAAUAGAAACCCCAGAUCUCUAUCUCCUCUUCCUCCGACGACGACUACGAUCUCCAAGCGUUUUUAUUGUCUGGGAACGUGAAGAUAUAAUUUGAUCAAGAAUGACUGCUACGAGUCAACCGGAAUUCGAUUAUUUGUUCAAGUUGUUGCUGAUCGGCGAUUCUGGAGUAGGGAAGAGCAGCCUUUUAUUGAGUUUUACCACUGAUUCCUUCGAAGAUCUGUCCCCCACGAUUGGUGUUGAUUUUAAGGUAAAGAUGGUUAACAUUGGGGGAAAAAGAUUGAAGCUUGCAAUAUGGGAUACAGCUGGACAAGAGAGAUUCCGAACUUUAACAAGUUCAUAUUAUAGGGGAGCACAGGGGAUCAUAAUGGUUUAUGAUGUUACAAGGAGGGACACAUUCACCAAUCUGAAAGAUGUAUGGGCUAAGGAAAUAGAACUUUAUUCAACCAAUCAAGACUGCAUUAAGAUGCUUGUAGGAAACAAGGUUGAUAAGGAAGGAGGAAGGGUCGUGACAAAGAAAGAGGGCAUUGACUUAGCUCGAGAGUGUGGAUGCUUAUUCUUAGAAUGCAGUGCAAAAACUCGAGUCAAUGUAGAAAAAUGCUUUGAGGAGCUUGUCUUGAAGAUCUUGGAAACACCAAGCCUCUUGGCUGAAGGUUCAAUAGGGGUGAAGAAAAACAUUUUUAUGCAGAAACCGCCACAAGCAGAUGAAUCUACUAGUACCUGUUGCCCGGCGAUGAGGACCUCUAGUGGAAACCACGGUCCUUUCCUUUCCCACCUCCUCAACCCCACUCCAUCCCUCAAAGCCAAGGCCCGCUCCUUCUUCCCAGCAGCGAGCAGCAGGACUUGGAGACGGAGAAGCCUCCUGCUUUCCCUCCCUCUCUCCAUCCUCCUCUCCACCCCAACCUCCGCCGCCGCCCCUGCCCCCUCUUACGAUCCCCUCUCCGAUUCCGAGAAGAACGCCAGCGCCGCCCUCUCCGGCCGCGUCUCCGACGCCACCCAACUCCUCGACCUCGCCCGCGACUUCCAGGCCAAGGGCGACUUUCCCCAAGCUCUCGACUACUUUUCUCUCGUGAUUAGAGAUUACAAGGACUUCGCGUUCUCGGAGUAUGCGAGAGUUGGAAGGGCAUUAGCGCUAUAUGAGAUCGGAGACAGAGAGGAAGCAAUCGCCGAGAUGGAGGAUGUCUCCAUUUCAUUGAAAGGAUACCCUGAGAUUCAUGCAGCUCUUGCCGCGGCGUUGUAUGCGGACAAGCAUGCACCAUUGCUGGCCGAGAACCAGUUCGCAAUCGCCACUCUUUUGGAUCCUCACUAUACUGAUCUUUCAUAUGUAAGAGAAACUAAGCAUUGGCCUCCAAGCUUGUGGCCUUUUUCUUCUGCUCUGGCUGAUGCUGAAUGUUGGAUGAUGGUAGGUUCAGAUAAUUUCAGUGGUCCAGGAAAGCCGUGUCUGGAAGGGGGAGGAGGUCCGGUCACCGCUCUUCCGUGGGAUGACGAGAGCCGAGCAGCGACCAUGAAUCAGAAAUCGGAUCCCGGCCCCCUCUUCAGCGGCGGCGGAAUCAGCUUCCUCAUUGGAUCCAAAAAUGUGAGGUUCAGUUAUGGAUAUUCCACUUUUAAGGGUAAAAGAGCAUCAAUGGAAGAUUUUUAUGAGACAAGGAUAGCAGAAGUUGAUGAUCAGAUGGUUGCAUUCUUUGGUGUAUUUGAUGGCCAUGGAGGUCCCCGAGCUGCAGAAUAUUUAAAGAAUCACCUUUUCAAAAAUUUAAGCAAUCAUCCAGAUUUUAUUAAAGACACAAAGUCAGCUAUUGUUGAAGCUUUUAGACAAACAGAUACUGCUUAUAUUGACGAAGAAAAAGGUCAGCAGAAAGAUGCUGGUUCAACUGCAUCAACUGCCCUUUUGUUAGGUGAUCGACUUUUUGUUGCAAAUGUUGGAGAUUCCAGAGUAGUGGCGUCUAGGUCUGGCUCAGCAAUUCCUCUGUCUAUUGAUCAUAAACCUGAUAGGUCUGAUGAGCGCCAACGAAUUGAAAAUGCAGGAGGAUUCGUCAUAUGGGCAGGCACCUGGCGGGUUGGUGGUGUUCUUGCAGUUUCUCGUGCAUUUGGAGAUAAAUUGCUUAAGCCAUAUGUUGUUGCUGAACCAGAAAUUCAGGUAGAAGAUAUCAAAGGUGUUGAAUUUCUGAUAGUUGCCAGUGAUGGGCUUUGGAAUGUCGUAUCUAAUAAGGAUGCUGUGGACAUUGUGCAGGGCAUAUCUGAUGCUGAAACUUCUGCUAGAAAACUUAUAGAAGAAGCCUAUGCCAGAGGAAGUAAUGAUAACAUCACAUGUAUUGUUGUCCGAUUCGACAAUUCAUGACUGUAUGAAAUUAUCUAGAUCCGUGCCAUCCAGAGAAGUAAAACUGAUUCUCUACUGGAAGAUAGAACUGAUCAUUCUCUUUGUGGUCCAAGUGCUUGAUCUUGCCAGUUUUAAGUUGGCCUGCCUGGAGUAUCUCAGCUUAACAUGCCUGCAGCAUCUGUUCCUUUACUAGCUGACUGCUUACGAAGCAAUUCAUCGUACUAACUAGACUUCAGUGUGUUUAAUUACCCGUCGGCUUGCUUUCUCCCCAAUUCUUCAUUUGUGGAGCUGUAAAACUCUAAGCUUGUUGAAUGUUUCUUAUAUUAAUGUCAUGCAUUUCUGAUCA